AUGGAGGAGUUCAAAGGAUAUUUAGAACUAGAUAGAUCUCAGCAGCAGGACUUCCUAUAUUCACUUAGCUUUCAAGAGUCUAUUUAUACACUUGCUCAUGAUCAUGGUUUAAAUAGAUCAAUUUUAAAUGCGGAUUCUGACAAAAAAUCUAGCUUACUAAUUGUGAAAUAUUUAAUUACUCAAAUGUAUCAACAAAAUCAUUUGAUUUUUUCUGCUAAUGAUCCUAAACAAAAUUUAUUUUUUGGACAGAACACGGAUUUAUAUUGUCGAAUCCUAUUCGAAGCAUUUACCGUCGUUUUGGAAAUUCCAUUUUCUCUACGAGAAAGACCGUUUAUAGAAAGGAAAGAGAUGGUCCAAUUUUUAAAUUUACGAUCCAUUCAUUCAAUAUUUCCUUUUUUAGAAGACAAAUUCUCACAUUCCAAUUAUGUAGUAGAUAUACUACUACCCCAUUCCAUUCAUCUGGAAAUCUUGGUUCAAACUCUUCGUUAUUGGGUAAAAGAUGCCUCUUCUUUGCAUUUAUUGCGAUUUUUUCUGCACCAGUAUCAUAAUUGGAAUAGUUUUAUUAUUCCAAAACAAUCUCGUUUUUUUUUUCAAAAAAAAAAGAAUCAAAGAUUAUUCUUCUUCCUAUAUAACUCUAAAGUGUGUGAAUAUGAAUCUAUCUUCAUUUUUCUGCGUAACCAAUCUGUUCAUUUACGAUCAAUAUCUUCUGAAGCUUUUCUUGAACGUAUCUAUUUCUAUGAGAAAAUAGAACAUUUUCUAGAAGUUUAUGCUAAGGAUUUUCAAGCCUUUUUAUGGUUGUUCAAGGAUCUUUUCAUGCAUUAUGUUAGGUAUCAAGGAAAAUGCAUUUUGGUUUCAAAAGGGACGUCCUUUUUGAUGUCUAAAUGGAAAUAUUACCUAGUCAAUUUAUGGCAAUCUUGUUUUUACAUGUGGUCUCAACCAGGAAGGGUUCAGAUAAACCAAUUUUCCAAUUACUCACUUGACUUUCUGGGCUAUCUUUCAAGUGUUCAACGAAACCCUUCAAUGACAUGGAGUCAAAUGCUAGAAAAUUCAUUUUUAAUAUCAUUAGCUAUUAAAAAGUUUGAUACGAGAGUUCCAACUAUUCCGCUGAUUCGAUCAUUGUCUAAAGCGAAAUUUUCUAACAUAUUAGGAUAUCCUAUUAGUAAGGCAUCCUGGGCCGAUUUCUCAGAUUCCAAUAUUAUUGACCGAUUUGGACGUAUAUACAGAAAUCUUUCUCAUUAUCAUAGCGGAUCCCCCAAAAAAACGAGUUUGUAUAAAGUAAAAUAUAUACUUCGACUUUCUUGUGUUAGAACUUUGGCUCGUAAACAUAAAAGCAAGGUACGUUCUUUUUUAAAAAGAUUAGGAUCGGGAUUAUUGGAAGAAUUUUUUAUGGAGGAAGAACAAGUUCUUACUUUGAACUUACAAAAAAUUUCUUCUACUUUGCGGAGAUUCUAUGGAAGACAGAUUUGGUAUUUGGAUAUUUUUUGUAUCAAUGAUUUGGCCAAGUCUGAAUAA